UUCGCUUUGCAAGCGUCGAAGGGAGCGGACGGUGUGCUGUGUGUGCGUGUUUCUUCUUCCCCUAGAGCCGUUCGCGUUUGGUGCGUAAUCAUCGCGCGCGUUUUACCGGGCUCAACAGUGCAGAGCAGUUGCGGUUUUUGUUGUUGUGCUAAUCGGUGCGCUGAUAAUAACCCAGUUCCCGGUAUAAAGAACGUGUUGCGAGUGACGAUUUUUGUUGUUGUUGGUCCACCGAAAGUGCACGGGCAGAUAAAACACCCAGAAGUGUCUUGAAGAGAGGUGCGCAGGUGAAUUCCGUUCCGUAUAUUCGCUUGAUUCGACGGCCCACAACAAGAUCACGUACUCACGCCCUUCGCGAGCUGAGAGCAAAACGAUACGAUUGCAACAACAAAAAAAGGCGAGCGAUUGCGUACAACAAGUGUGUGUUUGUUUGUUUUGUGUGUUCGGUCGACGAUCACUUUUCCACCCCGGUUCUGGAGCGGCUUUUGGAUGUUUUUGGUGUUUUGCGCAGCCUAUUACUUUAAGUAGCCAAUUUUGUGUGUGUUAGUCGAAAAAAGGUAAAACACAACCUUCACCCACCGACCGCGCAAACCGCGAAAACCUUAACGCGCACCCCCAUCGAGUCGCGCAGACACGCGCGUGUGUGGCAGUGUUUAAUUCAGAGCUUGUCGCGUUGUGGCCAACCGCCGCCUCAUGUGUGUGUUGUGGGUGCGAAAAGAGUUGUACCUUAGAAGUGUAUACGUGUGUUUAGGUCUCCUCCACGUGAACAACGCGUUCCAAUUCGCGCAUUCGGCCGUACGUAACCAUUUGUCUGGGUCGAUAAAAUCGAUACCGUCUCACAGCGCGUGAGACGAUUGCAAUUCGCUCUUGCUGCUAUUACCUUUGGCGAUCACCAUCAACACGCUAAACACGCGUCCAGUGUGUGUGUGUAUAUGUGUCUGUGGAGUGUUUGGAGUGCCCUGUGAACGACAGGUGAAGCAACGCGCAAUCGUGUACGGUGACUUAUGAAACCGUGCCAGCAACAGAAUCCGGAGCAGCAGCGGCAGAACGUUCACCGCACAAGUGCAGCUGGUGCAGAAAGCGAGGGCAAGAAGUGUGCAAUCUGCAAGCAAAAGGCACAGUUGGGUCGGUUUUCCAGCCGGUAAUCCACAGCCGGUUCGACACUUGCGGAGAAGAAGCAUACUCGCCAUACCACAUCCAGUAGAUAGCGUCAACAUAUGGGCGGGUGGACGACGGCAGCGGCAAACGCGAAACAGAAUGGACUGUCCGCGGGCACGACCGCACCGAGCAGCAAGAGCGCCACCACCAGCCCGGACCGGUUGCGCGGCGCAACGCACGAUCUGUUCGAGCUGCUCGAGCGCGUCCAGUGCUCGCGGCUGGACGAUCAGCGCUGCGUUCUACCGUCGUACUUCACACAGGUGCGUACCGUAAGCACGGGCACAAAAACUCGAAUGGUUUGCAUUAACACACGCAGUGCCGAGGAGCGAAUCGCAAACCCGCACAGCACCAAUGAGUCGACCAACAACCUUAGCGUACAAAUUCCCCAGUCGAUGGGCGGUGGCGGCGGCAACACGCGAUCACUGCUGCGCCACUCGAACAGCAUGUCGUCGAAUCCGCACUCGAACUCGAACUCGACUCCAGCCUCGCCGCACCUGCUGUCGAACAGCUCGAGCGUCCACCUGCACCACGCCGGUGCCGGUGUGGGCGGUCUGCACCACCACCAGCAGCAACACCCCCAGUACCAGUCGCAAUCGUCCGUCAGCUCGCAGUCCUCCUCGAUCAUCUCGACCGUACCGCCGGUGCAGCGGCUGCUCGAGGACGCGCUCAGCAAACCGGGACCGCAUCCGAUGAUCAUCGUACCGAACAGCGGUGGCUACUGGGUGGACGGCACGGACCAUGACGCAUCGUACGAGGUGCCGUCCCACACGACGUGGCGCGUCGGUAAGAUCGAGUCGGACGAUACGGCCAAGUGCUACCGGCGGUUCUUUAUCGCGCGCGAACACUCCAACCUGGUCGGGCACGACGAUCAGCUCGGUCCGGUGCUGCUCUCGAUCAAGUCGGAAAACGUGGCCAACCAGGAGCAUAUCCGGAUACUGUUGCGACUACGCACCGGCACCAUGCACGAGCUGAUACCGGCCUCGUGUCUCGGUAGCAGCCCGUCCCCCAUCAAGAUGGCCCGGCUGCUGAACGAGCAGAUCAACGUGGACAGCUUCAUGCCGGUGCUGUGCCCGAAAGCGUCCGCCCUGAUCGCGAGCUACGACGAGCACGUACUGGUGACGAACUUCAAGUUCGGCGUGCUGUACCAGCGCUUCGGCCAGACGGCGGAGGAGGAGCUGUUCUGCAACAGCGAGACGACGCCCGCCUUCGACGAGUUCCUGGACGUGCUGGGGCAGCGCAUACGGCUGCGCGAUCACAAGGGCUACCGGGGCGGGUUGGACAUCCAGAACGGGCACACGGGCGAUACCGCCGUGUACGAUGUGUUUAAGGAGCGCGAAAUCAUGUUCCACGUGUCGACGCUGCUCCCGUACACCGAGGCCGAUCCGCAGCAGCUGCAGCGCAAGCGGCACAUUGGCAACGACAUUGUGGCGAUCGUGUUCCAGGAGGAAAACACGCCCUUCUCGCCGGCCAUGAUUGCGAGCCACUUUCUGCACGCGUUCAUCGUGGUGCAGCCGAUCGAGCCGAACACGCCGAACUGCCGGUACAAGAUCUCGGUGACGGCGCGCGACGAUGUGCCGUUCUUUGGGCCGACCCUGCCGCAACCGUCCGUGUUUAAGCGCGGCCCGGAGCUGAAGGAGUUCCUGCUGACGAAGCUGAUCAAUGCGGAAAAUGCGUGCUACAAGGCGGACAAGUUUGCGCAGCUGGAGCUGCGCACACGCUCCUCGCUGCUGCAGAAUCUCGUCGACGAGCUGAAGGAGAAGACGCGCGAUUUUCUCGGCAUGGAUGUGGGGGGUGGGGCGGCCGGGGUGCCUACCUCGCCGACGCCCGAGACGCCCAAGUCGGAGGGGGGUUUUACCGGGUCGCGGUUUAUCGAUACGGUGAAGAAGGCGCUGAACGCACGGUUACGGUCACAGAACUCGGACCCAACGAACAAUGGCAGUGGUGGGGCAGGGAGUGUGGAUACGGCGACGGGUGGUGGGGCCAAGCAUCACAACUCGAUGAAGAAGUCCAAGGAUGGGACGAGCCUGGUGUCGGACAUGCCGUGUGGACCGGGCGGAGCUGUUAAUAUUGGACGAUCGCUGUCGAAGAGCAGUACGACUGGGUCCCGCAAAUCACCGAAUGAUUCGGUUGCCUCCUCGCCGGACAUUACGUCUCGAUGUUCGCUUAAUCCAACUCUCACCAACAACAACAACAACAAUAGUAAUGCACCCAACAACAACACCAACAACACGAUCGGAAAGAAUCACCCGAAUGGCAGUGCGAAUGGUAACGGGGCCGGUGGCAAUGCUGCGGCCGGUGGCGGCAACAACAACAAUGGCCCAGUGGCCAUGUCCGAAACCAGUGACGAUUCAAGCCUGAACAGUGUCGAUCUCGAUCCGAUGGUUUUUCUCCCAACGGUAGAUGCUGGCGCUACGUACAUCGACAGUGACACGGGGCUGGAGUCGAUGUCAUCGGCGGACGCGACCACCAAGGCUUGCUCGCUCUGCCUGGACGGUACGGGCUCGACGAACGGUGGCGGUAGCGUGGUGAGCGUUAGCAUCAGUGGCGCAAGCGUUACGAUCGAUGGGGGCAAUGCGCGCGAACUGCGCAACAGUGGCGGUAGUGCGAGCUCGGGCACGGGAUCCACUGCUAGUGCAGGGCAGAUGGGGUGUGGUAGUGUGGUGGGCCAGGGGGCCGCAUCGGUGACGCAGGAAACGCUGCAGCAGGUCGAAGGGAUGCGGCAGGAGAUAACGCGCCUGAAAUGUGAUAAACUGGAUCUCCUUCGGCAGAAUGUGACCUGCCAACGUGACAUCAAGCGUCUACGUGAACGUGAACUAUCGCUACAGGGUGACCUGGCCGCCGCCGGCAAAGAGAUCCUUCGGUUGCGCGACCUGCUUAAGGAGUGUCUACCGACUGCCGUGGCCGAUCCGAUCUAAAGGCUCCACAUAAAAAAACAGACACACAUACACACAUCGACAUGCCACAGGAAGCAGGAUCUUCUACUGGACGAGUUGUUUGUUUUUGUAUCGCCUAUGCUUUUGUGUACAGUACACCACUUCCCUUCUGUUUUCUGUUCGUUAUUUUUCCCUUUGUGUUAAAAACAAAAAAAACUACCCUAAAGUAUCCUUUGUGUACAGGUACGGGUGAUCGCGACUACACGUUGACCCGUGUAUAGAAAGUGUGUGUGUGCGCGUGAAAACUGAAAGUUUAAGGAGGAAUUGAAUGUUGGAGGUCAAGUUUGAAAAAUCCCAAAAUACAAGCAUGUAAGCGAGCAGUUCCCUGGUACCUUUCGUUGCAAACAUCACUCUAUUUAUUUCAGUUUACUUCGCUUUAGCAUUGAGCGAUGUCUAUCAAGUCGUUAGUUUUGUUAUCCCCCCCCCCCCCCCAUCCCCCAAAAGGGAAGGAGCAAAGAAACCAAUGAAUGGUUAGUAGUGGAAGGAAGAAGUAAUGAAAAGUAUUUACUAUGUUAGAAUUAGAUAGAAAGGACAGCAGCAGUAUGGAUAGAAGAUGAUAGAGAGAUCUGUUUUUUUUCUCACUCACACCUUUACGGUGUGGAUGAUGGUCUUGUACUAAGACUGUAUCUUGUAUAUAUGUGUAAUGCACUAUCGAUACGCCUAAAGCAUUCUGUCCUUGAACGUACGAAGUGAACUCACACUCUCCCAAGCACAUAAUGUUUUACUGUGUGUGUUCCGCUUUCUCCUACUUAGAAGCAAACACAAAAAAACGGUCUACAAGACAUUUAAACUGCGUGUGGUGUAAGUGUCAAUUACCAUUUAGAGAGUAGCGCAGCGAAACAGCAGCAUUGAAGCGAGGGAAGAGUUUACCUCUUUUAGAAGGAGAAGGAGCAGGGGAGGGCUUUUGAGUUUGAGAGCUGCUAAAGAGAAACCAAAUAAUCAAAGAAGAAGAUAAUAUAUAUAAAACAAAAACAAAACCUAAUGAGUGUAGUGGUGUAGUGUUGUAGUGUAUAGCGUGUUUUAGAAUUAUCUGCGGUGGGACACACAAAGGACAAAAUCAUAACUCUAUGUGUGUGUGUGUGUGUGUGUGUGAGUGCAGAGGAUUACAGACAAAACACUAACGUUUCUAUGUGCAAUAAUGCAACCUUAAUGGCAUAUAAAAAACACACACACAGAGAAAGUCUGUUCGCUGCUCUAGAGUGACACAGAAAAAGCACAAUAUAACAGUAUCAACAAACUGUUAUACUGAGUGGUUCAGUAGUGCAGUACUAGUGAAGUAGUGAUAGCAUAUGCGUGUAUGUAUGUGUAGACUAGAGGCCAGCACCACCAUCACCCACUCCUCUCUCUCCCCCGGGGUUGAAAAGCAGAAAAUGGUGGUGAAAAGCAGCAGGUUCUCCUAAAAACGGGUUCUCGAUGAGUUUUAAGCUGCGCACCGCAGGCGCAAGAAGGGGCGCAGUGCAUAAUACGCCUAGACUGAUGUAGGAUGAUCGAUAGAGCAAGCGGUAUAGCUUAAGUGCUUUCCCAGUUUCAACUACUACUUCAAACAAGGCUACUUAAACGCCGGAGGCGGUUUUGGGGGGAUUUGAAUUUUGUGCCCUUACAAAGCUCUCCGCCCGCCCGCCAGCUACCAACACACACACACACGCAACGUGUCUUUGGAUCCCAUUUUGUCUUUUUGAUUAAGUUUAGAGUAUAGUAAAUAGAUGAUACACUAAAAGAGAGUUUAAUAAGAAAAGCUACGUUUAGGUAAGCUUUUUACUGUAUGGGAUAAGAGAUUUUUCGACUUUUACAAACUUUAUGCCUCCCUUCUUCAUGUGUGUCUGUGUUCGUCCUUAAGAGCGAACACAAUUACACAAUUAUAGUAUUUUUUCCGUAUGGUAUGGUGUAGAUAAAACUGAUGGAAGAAGGAGAGAGAGAGAGUACGAGGAUAAAAAGCAGCAAACAAAUCAAACCUCAACUGCCUUUUCUGAAAAAAAUAACGUAUUUAUCCACAAUCCCAUUUUUUGCCGCACAGUGCGUUUGUGCGUGUUGUGAGUAUUGGGAUGGACUGUUUUUCUACGUCCUCUACGUAUUUUCCUUUUUCUUCUGACCCCCCCCCCCUCCCCACCCACACACAGUUCGUGUUUUUGUGCAAUGUGUGCAAUGAGAAAGGAAAAGAACUGUGUAAGAACCCAUCUUGGAUGAAAUAGUAGAAAAUGCAGUGUGCAGAAUAUAGUAGAGAUAAGGGUUUAGCUUUUAAUUGUUUUAUCAAUACCACCACUGUACACAUUAAUCCCCCCGCGCCCCCCCUCCCGAAACUAUAUUUUUCCUUUUUUCAAAAUGCAUCCACCUUCCCCCCAGAAAAUAGACGGGAGGGACCCCCCCCAUCAGAGUAUAAUGUUAAAUCGAUACCAAAGUUAACAACAUUCCCAAAAGAUACCAAGCAUAACGAAAAACAAACAAGCAAGCAAGCAAGCUCCCUUACUCUAUCUCUUGUGACCAUCUCAAAUAGCGGAACUGUUGUAAAAAAACCCUUUUCUUCCGUUUACGCGCAGCAGCAUCAAAGUCUCUCUUUCUCUCAUCUCUUGCUUGCGCACAUCACUCUUUUGCGCAACGCCUUCGAAGGCGCCUGCUCGGCUCGGCUGCGUAUGAAUGUUCAUUGUAAGUGUUGUGUGUCAUUCGGUGUCAUUGUGCAUGUGUUUUGCUCGCUUUAGUGGAAUAGCCAAAUAGCCAGAGCUGUGUCAAAGCUGGCCCCCGAACCUAACCUAUCACCUAUUAUCCUUUACACAUCAGAGCAAAAAGCACCUACCUGCAUUGUAAACAGUAUUUGUCGCUUUCUGUUGACGCUUGUUGUUGAUGAUGGUGGGAUGAAGGAAGGCAGCAGCAGAAAGCCCUCACCAUGCUCUUCACCACGUGUUGGGCGGCGGGGCGCUUAUUCUCAGUGUUUUAGGAAAUUGUGGAAAUGGUAAUAGUGGUCCAUCCAAAACCCAAUCCAAUCCCAAACAAGUAUUUUAGCAAACAACACAGAUCGCAGAUUUAGUAAAUGGAUUAUAAUUGCACGUUAUAGAGCAGCAAGAAAAAAAUAACCAAAAAAAAAAGAAUACACACACACACUAUGUAAGGCUCUGUUAAAGGCUUUAAAGGCUUUUCAAUCGAUGUGUAAAUGUGGAAACAACCCUCUGCAAGAUGAAAAUAAUAUCCCAAAAUACAGAAAUAUUACAUUCAAA